AUGCUAGCAAUCAUUGUGUUUGGCGGGACAGCCCUGGUAGCGCUGGCCUACCUCUUUACCCUCCCAGUUGCACUGUAUUUUCUUGAUCGCAAAGGCCUUCGGAAAUACCCCUCCUUCUCUCCCCUGUCCGGCUUUACCGAUCUGCGCCACAUAUACCUCAGUGCGUGCGGCUAUCGCUCAAGAGAUCUCUAUGAGGCUCACAAAAGGGCUCCUAUUCUCCGCACUGGGCCGAACUCAUUAUCCUUCGGUGACACACAAGCCGUGCGAGACAUUUAUGGGCACGGAACCAAAUGCAUCAAAGACCUAAACUACGUCGUCUUAGGCGGGACGCACACCCACCUCUUUGACGUGGUGGACCGGAGCGAGCAUUCUCGCAAACGCAAAAUUCUGUCUGCUGCAUUCGCCAUCAAAAACUUGGAGCGAUGGGAGUUCAAAGUUGCUCGCACCACCGGUCGACUCCUACGUGCGCUCGACAACCAUUGCACCGGACCUCUCCCCGAUGGCCAAGCGAUCGCCAGCCCCGUAGACCUGACGUUAGAUUUCGGGAAAUGGAUCAACUUGUUCACAAUUGAGGCGAUCAACAGCAUCGCCCUUUCGGCCAACAUGGAUCUACUCGAUAAAGGGACGGACGAAGUCACGGCACAGCGCCUGGACGGCACGACCUACAAAGCCCGAUACCGUCAGGCCCAGAACCAAUCGGCAUUGGGUCAGGCUACAUUUGUGUGGGACUAUCAGCACUACCCUUGGCUCGUCAAACUGUCCAAGUUGAGUCCCAAAUGGCGCGAGGUCUGGCAGAAGGCGCAGCCUUGGGAUGACGUCAUUUACCAUCAGGCCGCCACUCGCCUCCAGCGAUAUCUCAACGGGGAGGAACUGGAUGAUUUCUUCUCGAGCCUCAUGGAAGACAAGCAGAAGAAGCCCAACAACUUGGAAUGGGGCGAGAUCGUGGCGGAGGUUAGCGCCAUCAUCAAUGCCGGAGCCGAUACAACUGCCAUCGCCCUCACGCAAACGUUGCGAGAGGAGGUCGACAGUGUUCUCGAUGAGGAUGAAGUUGUCGCAGCGCAUGAUAAGGUGAAAAACCUUCCCUUCCUGCGCGCCUGCCUGGACGAAGCUCUCCGGAUCCUGCCGCCCACGUCGGCUGGGCUCCCGCGACGUACACCCCCCGAAGGCGCUCAAAUCAUGGGUGAAUGGAUUCCCGGAGAUACUAGUGUCUCGAUGACCAUCUACGCAGCCCAUCGCGAUCCCGAUAUCUUCCCCGAUCCCGAGACCUAUCGACCCGAGAGAUGGCUCGAUGCCGAGGCGCGGAAGCGCAUGGAGCCCUAUUUCAUUCCCUUCUCGGCGGGUGCUCGCGGGUGCAUUGGGCGCAACAUCUCUUAUCUUGAACAGACAAUGGUGCUGGCUUCGUUAGUACAUCGGUAUGAGUUUGCGCUUCCUUCGUCGGACUGGAAACUAGCUCGCCACGAAGCUUUCAAUUUGAUUGUUGGGGAAAUGCCGAUCAAGAUUUGGCGGCGACAGAUGGGGGCUACCUAA